AAUCAUUGAUUUUAUUUUUCCAUUUUUCACCGUCAGUUUUUUAAAAUGUUUUUUAUAUACUCUUGUUACUCUCAAUUCCAAGUUUGAUAGUAUUUGAUAUUUGUUGCAGUUAGUCAUCAAUGUCUUUUAAUUAAAAAUCAUUUUGAUAAUGCAGACAUGGAGGGGCAUGAAGAAUCGGGUGUUGAGAAGUUUGAGGAUUUUAUAUGGAAGCUUGAGAACUUCUCUCGCUUGAACAUGAGCGUUUAUCACGAGCAUUUUGUCCUUGGCGGAUAUCCAUGGAGGAUUAAUCUGCAUCCAAAGGGUACAAAUGAAGCCGGUCACUUAUCAAUUGUUUUGCAGGCGGUGAAAACUGCUAAUAUGUCUAAGGGAUGGAGGAGAGAUGUCAAGUUUAUGUUAGGUGUAUUCAAUCAAGUCGAUACCAAUAAGUCAAUCAUAAAAGGACCUAAAGAUGCGUACAUCUUCAAUGCAAGUAAAGAUAACUCGGGUUGUUAUUCAAUCGUUUCAUUGGAUAAGCUUCUUGAUCCUGAAGAGGGUUUUCUUGUGAAUGAUGCCUGUAUUGUUGUUGUAGGAAUUUUUGUUUGUAAGUCAGCAUUUGAGAAAAAAGUCCACGGAUCAGUUCAUUUAACAUUUGAAAGUCAAACUGCACCUAUUAAAGUGGAAGAUCAAUGCCUAGAUUUAGACUCUCUUUCAUCUGUUUGCCUUGAACCUACUAAAGAUCCUGAUACAGAGUUUAUGUUUGCUGCAUUGGGGAGAGUUCUUUAUUUUCUUAAGACAAGAGAAGUGAGUGACAUGAAUAUGAAAACUUGCAAGGAAUUUCAACUUUUAUGGGAUAGACUUGCCAAGUUUAAAUUUGAUCUUACUUGGCUAGAGCCCUAUGUUCAACCUGCAUUGGGAAUGAGAAGUGUUUUGGAGAAAGCUAUGGAAGUUGAAAAACUGAAAGAUAGUGUUGUAGUUCUAAAGCUGGAAACAAGAAGGCUAGAGGCAAAGUUGGUUGCUGCUGAGGAGAAUCUUGAUAAUGAAAGAGACUUGUUGAAUGCAAAUGGUGUCAAAGAAGUGGAUUUUUGUUCUGAAUUUGGAUGUGUGAGUUAG